AUGGGAAGACACCCUUAUAAGAAAAGAAACCAGCCUGUUGCUAUACCGCGACCAUCAGUGGUUGAGACUCCACGGUUUCCACCAACAAAGUACGAAACGCCGGUAAUGACUUUGAAGAACUUUCCGUCCUCAAUAGUCAACGGAGUCACUAGGGAAGGUGGAUUAUAUUCCCUUACACUCAAGUCAAUUAAUUGCGCCAAAUAUGUUGAAAAUAAUGAUAACUUGAGACGCAUAUUCAAGAAAAGAAGUUUGGAGGUUCCAAAAAUAUCACAUUUGAAUCGUAAUGAUUUUUUGGAGAAAUUACGCAAGGAUGUGGAAAAGGAAAGAGAGGCGAAGGUUGAUUUACGAAGGGCCGAAAAUGAUAGAAUCACGGCAUUGAAUAAAGAGUGGGAUACAUUGUUGAAAAGUGGAACGGAUCUAAGUGGGCUCGACUCGAGAUUGUCGAAGGAGAUAGACUCAAAUGGUAAGAGGUUCAGGCUCAUAGAGAACACGUACACAUUUGCCAAGGAUUUCAAAAUUCCCAACUUGUUUGUUGCAAAAAUCGAGGACGUAAAGAAACUCGACACCACUGAAUACGAGAAAGGCGUUGCAGAUGAUUCCGAAAUUAAGGCUGUUGUCGCACAGGGAGACAAUGAUGUGGAAGUGGUAGAGGCUGACGAGACUGCUAUUGUAUUAAACCAGCUUGAAGCGUAUAAAGAUGAUGCAAGUACUGGAACACCCAAUGACCUUUAUACUCAGUAG